CUUUUAUUUUCCUGGACCUACACAUUGAUCACAGGUUACACUAAACCAUGAUAGCAGUGGAGUCUGGACUCUACAUCGGUUCUGUGUCCGAUCUGAGGGAUACUCAAAGCCUGUCAGAUGCAGGUAUAACCCACAUACUCACUGUUGACUCAGAGGAAGCUGCUGUGACCGGAUUCCACACGAGAUUUGUCCGGGCUCUGGAUGAUGCAUCCACAGAUCUCCUGAGCAAACUGGAUGACUGUAUCAGCUUCAUAUGUGACGCUCUCAAUACACAACCUGAGUCCAAACCACCAGCAGUCCUUGUGCAUUGUCAUGUGGGGCAAAGUCGAAGUGCUGCUGUAGUGACGGCUUAUCUCAUGAAAACACAAAACCUGAGUUUACAGGAUGCCUAUACUAAACUUCAAAACUUAAAGCCAGAUGUGAAAAUGAAUGAAGAGUUUCUGGACCAGUUGUCACUUUAUGAAUUAAUGGAUUGUAAACUAGACUCCACAAAUCCCUUAUACAAACAGUUUAGAUUGAAGAAAAUUACAGAGAAAUAUCCAGAGCUCCAGAAUGUGCCAAAAGAUGUCUUCGCUGUUGACCCUGCCCAAACCCAGAAUUUAGAGGCUGUUUACAGAUGUAGAAAGUGCAGGCGCACACUCUUCCGCCAUUCCAGCAUUCUCAGUCACUGUGUUGGAGGCGGAGCCUCAGCGUUUACUCAUAAGAAGACAAGGACAGUGACCCCUUCGGCUGAAGAUGAGAAACAGUGCACAUCCUACUUCAUAGAGCCAGUGCAGUGGAUGGAGCAGGCCUUACUAGGUGUCAUGGAUGGACAGCUGUUGUGCCCCAAAUGCAGCUCAAAACUGGGCUCCUUUAACUGGUAUGGUGAGCAAUGUUCGUGUGGGCGCUGGGUGACACCAGCCUUCCAGAUGCACAAGAACAGAUUGGAUGAAAUCAAACACAUCAAUGUAUCUGCACUAAAAUGAUGCACAAAUAAAAAUUUGUGUGCCAUAUUCAGGAUUUGUUGUUUUUUUUUUUUUUUUUAUUAGCAUUGUACAUUGAAAAAAUAUAUAUGGUGAGGCAUUAUUAUUUUAUAUUAAUUAUUUAAUAAUUUCAUAUUUGUUAUGUGAUAAACAGAGUACAGGGCCCAUUGCUUUACUCUGGACAGAAAAGUGACCCUUUUGGCACUUUAUCUUUAUCCAGUUAUGCAUGUUUGUUUAAUUAAUGAUUGUUUCUUUGCAUUAAUGAAUGUGGACAGUUGACUUAAAGGAAUAUUCCGGGUUCAAUACAAGUUAAGCUCAGUCGACAGCGUUUGUGGCAUAACAUUGAUUAUCACAAAAAUGAAUUUUGACUCGCCCCUCCUUUUCUUUAAAAAAAGCAAAAAUCUGUGUUGCAGUGAGGCACUUACUAUGAAAGUGAAUGGGGCCAAUUAAUGAACGUUAAAAUACUCACUGUUUCAAAAGUAUAGCCACAAGACAAAAAGGAUAUACGUGCAAACAUGAUUUUAGUGUGAUAAAAUCACUUACUUUUCUAUGUGAAGUUAUAUCUUAUUUUACAACUUCAUAGCCAUGACGAUGUAAUGUCAACAAACCCUAAAACGACUGUAAAAAUAUCAAUUUAAACAAUGUUACAGCUCAAAUAAUACACGUUUUAACAGAAGAAUUAAUGUAAGUGCUUUUAUGAAAUUAUAAGAUUCACAUUUGUGUUUAAACCCUAAAAAAACUGGCCCCAUUCACUUCCGUUGUAAACACCUCACUGUAACCUUGAUUUUUUUUUUUUUUUACGAAAACGAGGCAUGAGUCGAAAUUAAUUUUUGUGGGAAUCAACAUUAUGCCACAAAUGCUGUCAAUUGAGCUUAACUUGUGUUGAACCCGGAAAAUUCCUUUAACCAGCAGGCUUAAUUUUUAUACGAAUGAACGUUAAUAUUUAGAUAAAACAUUUUGUAAUUUGUCUCAAAGACCUUGCAUGCACCACAACAUUAGAUUUUCGUUCCUGUAGGUGGCGCCAUAUAACCUGUACUGUACAAUUGCAGCAGGCUCUCUACAACAAAUAACAGGGUAUGAUAUUUGCUGUGUUGGAACUCAAGUAGCCAUCACAUGCAUUGAAAGCUCUGGGCAUAAUGCCUUUUUGGUGCAAUCAUUUUAAGAGCAGUCUCAUACAGAAUUCAGUUAAGAGCCAGUAUCUGUGUUUUUGACAAUAAAACUUUGAAAAGGGCAUGCCCUGUGCAUUUGUAUUCAUUUUAUCACCAAUAAAAAUAAAUAUGUACCAUAGUUUCCUUUUGACUCCCAGCUGGUAUAGUGGUGUGUUUAUUGAGAGAGU